AAAAGCCAGUGAAAAGACCACAUGAGUCAGCAGAAGAUGCUAAAGAACAGGCUAAAAAACUGGUCAUGUCUGGGGCUAUUAAACUGAGUGAUAAGAAAGAGAAGCAGGGAUUUAAGAGAUCUCGUAACCUUGAGAAGAAACUACAAGACCCAGAGAAAUUACCUGCCACACCGGCCACUGUUGGCUUCCAGCCAUUUGCUGCUUCACACCCGGAUGACGAGGAGAGAGUCGAAAGAGAAGACAGGAGACCAAGGCACCAGCGUGUACGUGGGUUAUAUGAUAAUUUUGUUCGUAGUGAGAGACCACCGGAACGUCCGGACAGAAUUUCUGAAAGACCAGAGAGAGGUAUUGAAAGAGAGGACAGAAGAGAUGAUAGAGAUAGACGUGAGAGACCAGACAGACCUGAUAGGGAACCUCUUCCUAAAAAAGGUAACACUGUGUAUGUUCAUGGUCAUGGUGUGAAUGAGGAAUUACUGAGGAAGGCCUUCCAUAACUUUGGUAAUAUUGUCAACAUAUCAAUGGAGAAAGAAAGGAAUUGUGGUUUUGUGACCUUUGACAAAAUGGACUGUGCAGAAAUGGCCAUACAAGAGGUAGAUGGCGCUAUGAUUGAUAGUGUUCAGUUACGUGUCUCCAUGGCAAGAAGACAACCAUCAUUUGACAGUACCAGCCGAGAUCCAUCCAGCACUUCAUGGGCUUCUCUAGCCAGUAACAAUUCACAGAAAGGAUCUCACAAAGACAAAAGAGAUGUAGUGGCAUACGAGGAGGACAUGUUUUGAUAAAACAAUUGUUUGUUGUGGGAGAUUAACAAACAUUUACAGAAAGAUAAAGUAAUUUGUUUUUAAGAUCAGAAUGAAAAAUGUUGAACGUUUAUCAUACUUGCGACUGAUAUUCACCUUAUGACAUGGAAUUGUUUGGUAAAUGUCGUUUUUGAUUUUAAAACGCUUGUACCUCAACGUUCAAAUUCCACAAGGGAUUUUGGAUUUUUCAUGUGAGGAAGCUAUCAAGCUAGCUUACCUAACGUUGGGUGGCAGCAUGGAGGAGCAGUUAUGGUCUUUCUUCACCAAAUAGCUGGAACAUCACAAUUUGACCUUUACAGUGUUGAUGGGACUUUAAACAAGGAGAAAAAGCAAAAAUAAUAUAUAUAUAUAUAUACAUAAAUAGCGGUACAUGUGCAUGUAUAUAUGGUAAUUACUUCACUUGUGAGGUGGAAAUUUUGAGAGGUGAUAAAAAUGUUAUUGCAAUGUAAAUUGUCUUUCAUAAACCUUAUAUAUUUUGAUCUUAGGCAAUUGUUUUGUUUUAUUUUUCGGACAAACAAUUAAAGGUGUAACCUCUGUAAUGUGGCCUUCUGUAGACCAAUAAUCUCUUCCUUCAACAUCAUCAAUUCCUAUUAAUGUAAGACUUCACAAUCAGUUCUGCAUGUUUAGAGUGACCUCUUUGUCUUAUAUUUU